AGAAGCAGGGUUUGAUGGCACCAUCUGUAAUCCCACCCCUCCGGAGGCUGAGGCAGGAGGACAGCCCAUUCCAGGCCAGGAACAGUUGCAUAAAAAGUUCCAAGCCCACCAGCGCUGAAGAGACUUCCGGCUUCCUACUUCCGGCUUCCUCCUUCCGGCAAGAUGGCAUCUGAGCAGGAGCUGCAGACGCCGAGGCUUCCGGACUUGCUGGAAACCGGCAGACAACUUCUGGAGGAGGUAGAAGCCUCAACACAACCCAUGGGCUCCAGGCUAAUCCAGGAUAAGGUAACGAGGGCCUUGGAACUCCUGGAGAAAGCCUCGGACAUGUUAUUGCAGCUCGAUAUGUUCAGCAGGAACGAAGAUUGGGAGGAGAUUGCUUCCGCUGACCUCAAGUACCUGAUGCUGCCGGCCCUGAAGGGCGCGCUCACACUGAAGCUGGUGGACACCACACAUCGCGUCAACCACCUGCAGCAGGCUCGAGACCACUUCAUGAACUUCCUAACCCAGAGCCACAACUACCACUUGGCAGAUUUUCAGCUGCCCUGGGGCCAGAGCAGCUCCCAGGAAAGCAACCAGCCCCCUUCAGCCCUCCUGGAGCCCAACCUUGUUGCCAUGGCAUCCCAGAGGCAGGCCAAAAUCCAGAGGUACAAGCAGAAUAAGGCGGUGGAGCAGAAGCUGGCUGCCCUGAAGUCAGCAGUGGAGAGUGGUCAGGCUGAUGACGAGCGUGUGCGGGAAUAUUACCUCCUUCAGCUGCGCAGGUGGAUCAACAUCAGCUUGGAUGAGAUCGAGAGCAUCGACCAGGAGUUAGAGAUCCUGAGGGAAAGAGACUCCUCCAGUGAGGCAUCAGCUUCUCGUUUGCCUCCUCAGGAGAGACCUCCAAUAAAACCCUUUGUCCUCACUCGGAGCGUUGCCCAAGCACAAGUGUUUGGAGCUGGGUACCCAAGUCUGGCCACUAUGACAGUGAACGACUGGUAUGAGCAGCAGCAGAAAUGUGAGGUUUUACCGUCAUCAGAUAAGGAAGUUGAAAAGCAAGCACCACCACCUGAUUCCCACAGAGUGGCUCAGCAAGAAGAAGAGCCGGAGCUGGAGCAAAAGGAAGAAGAGGAAGAUGAGGAUGCCCUCCACAGGAUGCAGCAGUGGGAUGACUGGAAGGACACCCAUCCUAGGGGCUAUGGCAACCGACAGAACAUGGGCUAACCUCCCCUCCAGUGGGAAAAGGAUGCUGGACCACUCAUCUCCUCACACAAGGGUAACCCUGUUCUCUUCCCUUGCUUGUGCCCCUCCUCCAGACGUGUGCAACAAAGGCAAAGAUACUGAGUCUUGUUUCGCAUUCAAUAAAGUACCGCUUUUGAGAUUUAUUUGCACCCUAUUUAAUAUCCGGUGCUCUCGUUUGGGCAUUAUUCUCAUGAAGGUAUAUUGCAGUUUCUUAAGCGGAUAGAAAGAGUGUUGAGAAAUGGUUGUGCAAGCAUUGACUGCAUGAUUUCUCUUUAAAAAAAAA